AUGGAACAGUUGGGCGCCGACAUCCUUUCACUUGUCGCCGAGUUUGGUGAGGGUCGCAAGACGUUGGUACAUCUUGGAAACACUUCUCGCACAUUACAUACUACAUUGCAACCUCUCUUGUACGUAUCGGUUGACUGCAACAUGCUGUACGCAUUGGCCGCGGAUUCGUGGAUUGGACAACAUACUCACGCACCUCAUCCAUGUGCAAUGGUCGAAGAGGUUGUGUUUGUACUCCCGACAAUUUCCCCUGCCUCUGUUGUUUUGCUCCGACGUGCCAUGGUCAAUCUAGCCAAGUACAACAACGACAAGGCCAUUAGGAGCCUUACACUUGUUAGUCCAGAUCUGUCCAUCGGCGACAUCCUUCCUUCGACAAUCCCAAAUUCUUUGAUGAAUAUUGGACAGAUUUCUUUGUCUUGUGCCUCGGGUUCUGUGGAUCGUCGGCUUUCGGGUCGCCUGAUGGCUGAGUUGACUUCAAAGUUCCUGACCUCUUUUUCGCUGGACCUACAAGCUGUAAAACGACCUGAUUAUGCGACAGUGGCGAAAUUGUUGCAACAUACCGCAUACGUUGCGCGUAACCUGCACUGCCUCCUACUGAAACUUGACCAAAAGUUUGUCGAACACCCGCACCAACGGUUGCAGAAGCUCUUAGAUUCCGAUGAUUUUGUCUUCAUCGAGCUCAACCUGUUCUUCUUCAGUGACUGCAGGGGUGUCUUCGAACCUUCCAACUUUGUUGCUCGUCAUCGCACGCUACAUUCAUUCAUCUAUGUCGCUCGCAUGUAUCGUGGGCUCAUCUGUGGUCCCGAUGUGCCUGACCUCCAACAUUUCGAGGGAGGUGUCUGUGCUGUUAGUCACCUGCUGAGCUACCCUGCUUCUCAAUUGAGUUCAGUCGUCAUUCGAGGUCAACGACCAUCUGCUAUUCAAUGGCACGACCUUAUCAAUUCCACAUCGCUGUCUCGUUCAGUUGUCACAUUGCGACUCCUCACUCGCGGUGGUUUUCUGUUUCGGCAUAUUGAGACAUUGGCAACUGCAGCACCAGGCCUUCAACAUCUUUCCUUUUCUCUGUCGCAUCAGUGUGUCUUGCUGUACAACCUACCCAAUCUCAAAACACUAGUGAUUAUGACCUCGGGUGAUGCUACCGAAAUACGUGAUGCCGUUCAAGUGGGCUUGUCUUCGUUGCCGAUUCCCAGCCCACUGCAGUCAAUCCGUGUUUACUCCCCAUUUACGACAGAUGCUGGGUCUUUGGCUGUUUUUUCUUGGGGAAAGGCGAUUCUUUCCGUGGGAAUGUGCGCCAAAGUGCUUACUUCGUUCCCCACCAUCAUGUCGACCAACUUGGCAACAUUCCCGAAUGAGAUUCUGGCCGGCGUAACUUCAUACCUCGCAGACGACAAAGCAGCAUUGUGCUCAUUCAGCCUGAGCUGCAAACACUUUGCUGCUGUUGCCACUCCAACUCUUUACCGCACUGUUCAUACUUUAGGUCUACCGACAUUGGCUUCCAAUGCUCUCCUUCUGUCUCAAAUAAUGGGACAGAGUCCUGUGUCUUUUGUUAGGGAAAUAACUGUGUCUGCUGAUGACGAGGAGGAAAUCUGCCCUCUGAGUGUGCCGGGUACCGUCAGUCUUCACAAUGCGCCUAUGUCGAACGAGCUUAACUUGCUGUCACAUACCACGGAGAGUAUCACAUUGGAUUGGACACAGGCAGACAACCCGCCUUCAUAUUCCGUUAUCACCAACCUCAUCGCGGUGCUCCCAUCUCGACUUCAAAAUCUCAAAUCACUGGAACUCAAUAUUCCACCCGUGGUCAGCGAUGAGGACGUCCGCGAAAUACAAAUGGUUUUUGAUAGUGAAACAAUCAACUUCCCAUUCCUAACCUGUUUUGUAUUUGGUGAAAUUUAUGGUGAUAUCUCACUUACGGCCUUCUUCAGGCGACACCCCGCGAUUACUACACUUGGUUAUUGUGGUAUUUCUAAUGAGGGUCAGCUGGUUGACCUGAUUCGAGCUGGAAGCGUGUUGACAAAUGUGCACUCUUUCAUCGGCACUUCGGAUUCAGCUGUGGUUGUUGCUACUGCGUUAAGCACGAAGCUUACGGUGUUGACCUUGACUGGCCCCACGGCUGUCUUACUGUUCAGAGAUGUGGCAUGUCAAGUAUUGCAGACGUGCUACUGGUUGCGUGAACUGCGUCUGCCAAGUCCUAUUGGUUACGAUUCACACGAAUUGCAAACAAUCAGUGACUAUGUACCGGGGCUGGCUGUGUUGAAUUCUUCCCAACCCGUCGCCCCGAACCAUGCUUUUAAUUUUUAUUCGACUAUCUUGCUCUGUUUUACGUCCCUGACGAAAGUCGAGGUCACCCUCUGCACCCCAUAUUCAAAACGACUGAGGUUGCAACACCGUGAUUCGUUUUUACGUGCUCUGCGCACAUACCGCAACCCCUCGACACGUUGUCUCUCUGUCGUGAUCAGAACCUCUUCUCCGAGCAAGACCCUCUUUGCCUUGGAUGUGGUUGAUAGUAGUCCAUGGCCGGCGCCCAGCUCUCAAGCUCAGCGUUACCGGUUCUACUCGUACGCCGGGUCUCUCAGUUCGAUCACACACCUGUUCAUCAGCGCCGUGUGUGCCCGCUGUACACCCCCUUCAAACGGGCGGCCACUUCCAAUCGCGCACAACCGGAUUCAACGUGUAGGCGUUCCUGUUCCUUUUGAAGCUGUUCCUGUCAAUGGUGGCCGUGGCACACUCGGACACCUCUUACAGCGGCGGCCACUUCGUACCGUGCACAAUGCAGGUAUUUCGGGUCAACAUGCAGUCACCCCCUUCAGUAUAAAGACUGCAGCACUGUGUGUCCACAUAAUGGAUCGUUCCGCUCUUGCUUUGCUCCGUUCCAAUUUGCAUGGUCGGGACACUUACCUUGGCAGUGACUUGAACGUUGCACCCGGCCAUGGGGCGUGGGUUGAAGAUGAUGGCAUGCACCGUUGGACCGGUCCUGCAGUCAAUGGUUGUGCAUCACCGGUUACUUUGGAGAUCGUGGCCAAGGUAUACACAUACGGUAAUUAUACAGGUAUCCUGGGUGGAAGGCGAAAGGAGAAUAAGAGCUUCAAGCUCCGUAGCAUUCGCCGCACUUUGUGCCUUACUGCCCCGAAAGACAUCACCUGGUUAACCUUCAAACUAGAGGAGGGCCCUCUGAGCAUUUGUGGCAAAAGGGUACUGCGGAAUCUGCAAGUCCCGUUCUACGUGUUGGCAGCUAUGUGUUUGCGGUAUGACUUUAACUUACAAGCGGGACAACCAAAAGAUUCCCGUAUCAUGGAUGUUGCUCCUGCUGACGAGAAGGAUGAUGUGCAAUGGUUGGAAGUCGCAAAUGACUGUUUCUUAACCAGGCUGGAUGUCAGGGAUCAUACUGGGCGUCUUAUUCCUGAAGUAGAUGUGCAGAGUGCUCUGACUGGUGCUACUGUACUGGCUUCGUUUAACCUGAAGUCUUGGAGGUGGAACAAGGCCAAACCAACUGGGUUUGCCGCCGAUCUGGUCAACAUCGUCAUCCUUUCUAGGUCCGACGCCCUGGCUCCUACAACGCUUCCUGUAGCGUGGCAGCCGAUUUCCCCUCUGCCUGCGCCCACUUGGAUGAUACCGACCGAACGCCGUGAUUACAGUGUCGGAUCAACGGCGAGUACUGGGGGUGAUGGUUUGGCUCUGCCUGUCACCUUGCCACUUUUGAACAGGAAAGUUAUUGAGCACGUGCCUCGACGUCGUCUGGACGGGUUGCCGGAGUACCCAUUGGCUGCAGAGUACUAUGAUCGUGGUGGGCAAAUGCACGUCGCAGGCCGUCAGCCUAUGGUGUACAACACCCCCAAUGCCGACCAGAAGAACGCGAGGGAUGAACACAGUACUGUGGAGUGCGCGACGGGGUCUAUGAUGAUGGAACGAACUGGUAGUACUGAUGGUUCAACUGCAACUGCUUGUGGUGUUCCUCCACCUGUCGCGGUUAAGGAUAUCGAACAAUCAAGUGCUGCGGAUGCCACUGAUAAGCUUCCGGUUCAGCCCAAAACACCUACGUCCUUUGGCGCAAAUACAGACGUGGGCGCGGUCUCGUCUGUACAACAAGUAGAUACUUACCCGGUGACGCAGCCGGGAUCUGAGGUCGUGGGUGAGAGGUCGAAGGCAGUUGGAAAGGUUACCUCAUUCACCUUUGAGGAAGAGGGACAGCCGUUGAAAGAGCCGGUUAACACCAACGGCAAACGGCGUGCUAGUACACAGAAUGCCAAAGCAGGGCCUUCUAAGGUGGCAAGGACCGCGGGCCAGGUGAAAGACUGA